AUUCUUUCCACAACAUCCACCAUGACCACAACCAUGAGCGUCCAGGACCUUACUGGACGCGCGUCUGCUCGUGCGAUUCCUCCGAGAAAGUGGGCGAAACUUGUGGCCGAAUGGGUCGAGCGGGAGUCACUCGAUACCGAAGCGGCAGGACCAGCCGUUGCCGCCGCGCUUCUGCACCAUCUCUCGCGUCCGCGCCCGCCCGCCCUUCUAAUCAGCUAUCUUUCUCAAGCGCUGGAAGAAGGCCUUCUUACUGCUCGAGCGUUCGCUCUCGCGCUCCUCGCCCACAUGCAACGGGACGAACCUACCCUCUCUGCCGCCUUACUAGCCUCCAUCGCGACCGCACUGUUGGGCACGCCGACGGGACUUGAUCCUACCGAGCCCUUUCCUUCGCCUAUCGCUCUGCCAACCCCAGAUGUGGGGACGAGCGCGUCCGGCGAGUCAAACGCAGUACCGGCUCUCACCUUGGUGCUACCACUCCUCCGACACUGUGUCUCUGGCCCACCUCAGCUGCUGGCCCUCGCGGCGCGGCUUACCGCGCUUAUUCCACCCCUGCCAGCACCUCCUUUUGAAGCAGGACUUGAAGCCGCGCAGCUUUCUGGCGUCUUACCAGAGGAAGUAGCGAAGCCACUCCGAGACUGCCUGACUGGCCUGAUGGCCGACCUGCCAAUGCCAGAGGCCGCGCCGCAGCCAGCCUUGUUUCAUGAUGUCCCAAUUGUCAGCGGAUUUGCUGAGCUUGACGGGGUCCCUCAACUCAGCAACCUUCCUACCACCCUACCUCUUCGCCAGAUGACCAGCUUCCUGAUCGAGUUUGCGGAGCGCGCACAAAGUUCCACUCCUAGCUCGUCGUACGCCUCCGAUCCACCCCAUCCGCCCCAGCACUUGAUCUACCUCAUUCGUCUUGGACGCGCCCUCACUUCCGAUUCGCAGGCUUACCUCCUCGCUCUCUUAGAGGCUGCCUCAAACCGGGUGAUUGCCAGCUUGAACCUCUCACCAGGCCAGGCAACCCGCGCAUACGUGUUCUUCACGGAGGAGCUGCCAGUUGCGCUGCGCUGGUGGCGCGACAACGCCGACUCCAAGUGGCCGUUUCCUUCCAAUCUCCAGAACGCAUUGGCUGGCACAUUUGCUUCGCACAACCAAGAGAUGGCGGGAUGGCACGCUUCCGUGCACGCGACCCACACGGCCAAGUCGACUCAACUCAUGGACGACGACGAAGUCGGCGGAUACUCUCCGCCCGACGGAUGGAGCAUGUUGUCUCUUGAGGCGACAACGGUUCGCCGAUAUCUCUCUCUCGGUUUGUUGGACGAAGAGCAGGCCGUCGCUCUGUCCGAAAGCGCCAAGGCUGGCCCUGUUGGCGAGUCUCUCGUAGAGCGGCUGUCUGGCGUCCAGCAGCACCAUCUCGAGGCGAUCGCAUAUUUCAUCUCGUACGCGACGGGCGCUUCGCGCCAUCUUGGCGCUGAGCUCGUCAAUGUUAUCAAGAAUGCGCCUCACAGCCGGCCGCCGGAGAAUCUAUUUCUGCGCGUGGCAGGAUCACCGCCGUUGCUCGCCUUGGUCACAGCUUAUAUCACGCCUAAGUCGUUGUUGGACUUGAUCGUGACGCAUCUCCUCGACCAUGUCGAGGACCAAUCGUCCAGAAUCGAAGACCCACAAACGAGCCUGACACACUUCGGUCCAGGGGUGGUCCUGGCCGUAGCGCUAUGUGCACAGUUUGACCUACCCCUCCCAGACUUAUUGUAUGACGGGCGGCGCGCAUCUAACAUCGCCGACCUCAGCAGUUCGGAACAGAGCCAUCUGAAUGGGUGGGUCAAGGCACUCUUUGGAUCGGACGGAAUCGACGACGAGAUCAUCUUGGCGACAUCUUCCCAAGGUUUAUGCCGUCUCGCUCCAACGAUCGUUCAGCAGGCCAUUGUGGCCACGAUGAGCGGGCAGCUAGACCUCGACACUCUUCAUUCCGGGCUUUCUUACUUCGCCCAGCCCAUUCUGAGUUGGUGUCUCGGCGGGGUGGUUGGUUGGCUCUGCGCCGAAAUCGAGCGUCAAGGGAUCCUCUCAGGCGUGCAUCUAAACGUCCUGCAGACGCUGGUCCUGGACUCGGCCUUUCCUGAGCCUCUCUUGCGGGCGAACGCGCCCGCAAUCGCACGCCUUCUUGACCCAGCCACAGGGCUGGAACCUGUGAUGCUCAGCAGUGCAUUUGACGCGGCUGGCGUUCGCGCGCGGAUCAAUGUUCUUGGCGGGCCUGACGGUGGACCUGUCGUGGUCCCAAGUGACCCUGCUGCACCUCUCGUAUCGCUUCGUGCGGAGCUGGCCAACGUACAACAUCUGGACCUUGCCCCCGCCGGCUGGGAAUCACGCCUGUACGAUAUUCUCGAUAUCUCUCUCCGCACGGCCGGUGCCCUUCCCGUUCUAGAGAGCAUUGUGUCUACAGACAUUAUCUACCCGCCAACCUUAGACAGCCCCCCAAACUCCCCAGAGGUCCAGUUCCUGGCAUUUGUUAGCGUACUAAACAUGCCGCAUGCGUGCGCCCCCCCACUCGCUGUAGCGCUCAUUGACGCCUACCUUCCCUACCUCUUCACUCAACGAUCACCCUUCGUUCCCCUCGCCGCCAUGCCCGCCCCGACGCAGACCAUGUUGUCCUCCACAACACCGGCACAUAACCCACCACCUCUACCCUUUGCGAGCCAUGCGCUGCAUCACCUCCUUCGCGGCGCGUUGCUCGCGGCUGACGCUUACACGUCUGAAGAGGGCGGGUUCGCCGACUAUCUCGCGAACCACCUAUCCGACGAGUUUGCAUGCCAGCGCGCGCGGCCAGCGUUCACGAGCCCACGCCAGAAGCGGUCCAGAGUUGGCGCGCUCGGAGUCGUGGACGCGCUCUGCCCAGAGCAGAAGGAGCUGAUCUGUGAGCUCAUAUCGCUCUUCGAGGGUGAUGAGGAGAUCCGCUCAAGGUGGCCCAACCUCACGCCGAUGAGCACAAUGGGCCCAGCGACAGGGCCAGCGUCUUAGAAAAUAUUCCACAAUGCACAUAGAUUUCUUAGUUG